UGUAUGAAUGCAUGCAUUCGCGCUGAUCCUUCUGCAUCCUGGGGAAUGAGAGCGAGGCAUCAUGGUGCGCAUCAUCAGCGCCCUCGGCUUGGUCAUGUUCAGCGUGGCUUUGCUCAUCCUCUCGCUCAUCAGCUACGUGUCCAUAAAGAAGGACGCCAUCUUCACGGGCCCCAAAUACCCGAGCGGCGGCGGGCCGCGGAUGUACAUGUUCCACACCGGGUUUAGAUCCCAACUGGCGAUGAAGUUUCUGGACCCAGCGUUUACACCCUUGAACAAUGCCCUAAAUGAGAACCUGCAGGAGAAUUCAUCCAAGUGGAAGUUUAAUAAGACGGGCUAUUUAGAGCAAAGUAAAGAGAUUGCCCAGUACAUCGACGUUCCACGUAACUUCACCCUGACCAAGAGCAGCGUUCGUGUGGGUCAGCUUAUGCACUACGACUACUCCAGCCAUAAAUACGUCUUCUCCAUCGGCGAGAACUUCCGUUCCCUCCUGCCUGACUCAUCGCCCAUCCUUAACAAGCGUUACAACACGUGCGCCGUGGUGGGAAACAGCGGCAUCCUGACGGGCAGCCGGUGCGGUGCCGCCAUCGACGCCUACGACUUCGUCUUCCGCUGCAACUUCGCACCCACCGAGGUCUUCCGCAGGGACGUGGGCCGCCGCACGAACCUCACCACAUUCAAUCCCAGCAUUCUGGAGAAAUACUAUAACAACCUGCUCACCAUCCAGGACAGAAACAACUUCUUUCUGAGCUUGAAGAAGCUGGACGGCGUCAUCCUGUGGAUUCCAGCUUUUUUCUUUCACACCUCAGCCACGGUCACGCGCACACUGGUGGACUUCUUUGUGGAGCAUCGGGGGCAGCUGAGGGUGCAGUUAGCCUGGCCCGGCAACAUCAUGCAGUAUGUCAACAGGUACUGGAAGACGAAGCAGCUCUCCCCGAAGCGCCUGAGCACAGGGAUCCUGAUGUUCACGCUGGCCUCGUCCCUGUGCGAGCAAAUUCACCUGUACGGCUUCUGGCCUUUCGGCUGGGACCCGAACACGGGCAAGGAGCUGCCCUACCACUAUUACGACAAGAAAGGCACCAAGUUCACCACCAAGUGGCAGGAGUCGCACCAGCUGCCUACCGAGUUCAAGCUCCUAUUCAAGAUGCACACGGAGGGCAUCCUCAAGCUGUGUCUCUCGCACUGCGCAUAGAGGUCAAAGCCUAGGGGUCGGAAGGUCACGGGCCGGAAUCACCACCGGCUUGGUGAAGUUGAGGAUUUGAAGCGUGAGGCUUUUUGUAAGCCACAUAAACAAACUUUAAAUAGUUAUAUAUCUAUAUAUAAAUGCUAGUAUGGAUGACAUCAAGUGCCAAACAGCAACCUUCAGGCCAAUUUUAUGAUGCAGCUUUUACAAACAAUGUCCUGACUUACUGUAUCUGUGCAGGAAGUACAUCAGCCAUGCUCGUUUUUAGCAAACACAGACCUAAUCCAGGGCGUCUCUAGGCUCGUUGACUUGUAUCUGACCUACAGUAGACCAGCAAUGAAAACGUGUUUGCGUCAGUCCGAGGCUCAGAAGUAAUACGCCGUUAUGAGACAUUUGAAGACCCUGUUUGCUUUAAAGGCUCAUAUAAUUAAUAAAAUGACAUGCCAAUACAAUAAAGUUUUGUAUAUCUAGGGGAAUAAAAAAAAAUCAGCGGGCUCUUUCUGAAGGGUGCUUCAAGAUCAAGUGCUGCUGAACGAGAGUAAACAUGACGGAUUCGUGUGCUAACGGUUAUUCCGUUUAGAAUGUAAAAAAUAAAUAAAUAUAAAAAUGAAUGUAAACAUAGUCAUAGUUAUUUUAGUAGUACAGAGAGCGACGUUUAUUCUUACAUCACAUGUCAGUGUGCAUCUACAGUAUAAGUUCAAUACCUGUACGUGAUCGUCAUAUAGACAGGCUCUCACUUAUAUAGACUAGACACGUGCGAUUAAUAAAUGUUUAGAGUUAUUAUUGAAUUCUGUAGUGGAAAUUCAGACGGAGAUAAACCACUCUGAUUAGACAGCAGUCGGGUUAAUCACGAAAGAAGGGGAUACUGUAAAGGAGCCAGUCUGUAAGGGUGUAAAGUUGUAUUUUAAAGGAGCAGUUUAUAGCUUUUACAUGGUCGAUUUUGUUUUGUUUUCAAGGUGAAUUGCACCUACAGUGAAAACCCUGACAAAGCCUUUGCUCCUGCCCCCUGACUCAGCCCUCCAGUAUCCCUUAUGACUUGCCUUUUCCUGGAAAUGUGGGUGGAGCUAGUGUAAUUUCAGGGCCAGAAAUUUUUUUAAAAGCAAAAACGCCUGAAAGGAAGACGCUAUGCACGUCCGUGCUGCAAAGAUUCCUAGGAAAUAUCCCGAAUGAAACGAAUAAUAACAGGUUGACGAAGACCUUUAAUUAUUACUAACUGCACCUUUAAACUCCAGAAUUUCAGCAUUUCCUGAUCAACAGAUAGGCUUUGUUCUGUGAUCGCUGAUUUACUGAGAUGUUGCACAUUUCGUGAAUGUUAUCAGAAUGUUGUCUUGAAUGUGUGUGAGAAUUAUAUAAACAUAUAUACGUAUAUUUAUCUAUAUCUAUAUUCAAAUACCUGUAUGUGAAAAGACGUGUAUGUUGAGAUGUUUUAUUCCCUGGGAAGCUUCUAAAUAAAAGUGGGGUCCGGGCAGAUCCUCAGAAUUGGGCGGUUCUAAUCUUGCACCUUACACACAUUUAACUGCAGCGGUAAUACCCGACAGAUGCACAUGGACCUCUCGCCCCGCGCCAAACAGGUCAGAGGUUGAGGUUAGAAGGUCACAGGCCGGGGUUUUAGGCUUUACAGAUGGAGGUUUGGACAGCUUUAGGAUUUUUACAGGGACAUAAAACUGGCUUGCUGUCUUUGUCUCAGCUUUCCCUUAUAAAGUGCGUACACACACACACACACACACACACACACACCACUCUCAAAAGUAGUUCUGCGUAGAACCUUUACAUAAAAGAGAUUCUGUCUUAACUAUCCAGUGAACACUUGACCUACAUAAAAGUCGUUUCCCCCUAGUUUCAUAAACCCUUAAUAAAUUUGCAGUGUGUAUUUUUCAUACGAGCUGCUGGUACUUUUGGGAAACACACUCAUCAGAGACAGAUCGGGAAAGUUCGAGUAUUGGUUGCACAAUGCUAAUUUUUGUAUUUUCCAGUACUUAGUCGUAUUGUAUUUCAUCUGCUUAUUAAGCGGCCUGCGCUGCGAAUUUAUUGGCGCGUCCACAUGAAACCGCACAGCACAGAUAAAGUAAUGCUUAACAUAGCAGCAGAUAUAUUUACAACACAAAAAAUUACAAGCCAAACUUACCGUAAGAUCAGUGGAAAUCCCUGCCCGUGUACACGAACGCCUCGGUUCCUUAGGGGAAAAUAAAAACUAUUUCUGCUGAGAUUUCCAUGAGUUCACAUUGUACUGUAGAUGAAUAAAGAUUGUGUGAAAGAUGAUUUAAUGUGGAUGUUUAUACAGAGGUAUACUGAGGAGGUUCCUUGGCUUUGCAGUCUACUUUCAUGAGGUCUCGUUUGUGCCACUCAAUGAUA